UCGUCACCUUUCUCUCAGUUUUGAGAUGUUAACAAGGCUAAUGUAAGUGGUUCUUCUCCUGAUUCAUAUUCCCAGUCGUGAAUAGCAUUACGUCCUCGCCCCAGUACACGUGGUGAAGGAGCAGCUGGACUGGACCAACAAUAUCAAAAGGAGUGUUUUCAUCUCCAUCUCAUCAUCAAAUACUAGUCAAAAGUAAAGACCCCCAAGGCCCAAUGAGACCCGUGGACCAAAGAGACCAACGCCCAAAGAGACCAACGCCCAGAGAGACCCGUGGACCAAAGAGACCCGUGGACCACAGCACCCAGAACAGCAGAAAGAAAGAUUAUAAAGGUCAUAAAUCUGCUAACAGCAGGAAGAAACCCGUUAAACAUAAAAUAAACCUUCAAACACAUCACUUUGAACAUUCCUGGCCAGAAAAGCCUGGUAGAUUUGUGUCUGAAGACUUCAGGAAAACCCACACUGAUGACACUGAGGCUUCAACUUGGGCUUUAUUUAACAAUCUUAAAGGUAAAGAAUCUCAGGAACUUAGGCAUCCAGUUAGGUUAAAUAAUGACACAUACAUCAUAUAUCAUUUAAAAUUAAAAUGGGGGGGUAAACGCUACAAUUGGUUAAAAUUUAAAUUGUUUACAUCUGAGGAUGACAUUAAUUGUGUUUUAGACAACUGCUAUGAACUUAAGUGCAGUGAAGACAUCCUGAAUGUGAUUGUACACUACGCAAGUGUUGGUGAAAAUCAUUCCAAAUAUUUAAUGUUAAAUGGCUGGAUUUAUAAACUGUAUCCAAAGAAGCUUUAUGUAUUUCUAGUAGGAAAACAACUCACUAGAAAUGAAAAUGCAGAUAAAAUAAAAAAAGUUAUUGAAGGACAGCAUAAGAAGCAUGAAUAUAAAGACAUUCGAGAAGGAAUAAGUAACUGCAAAGAAAAUAAUCAAGAUUUAUAUGUUCUGUAUGCUGAGUAUGCUCAGUACUUCAGAGAGACUUUACUGGGCAUCUAUACACAUGGAACUUUUGACCCCAAUAAGGAAGCUUGGUUUACUACAUACUUUUUAGCAACAGUGAUUUCAGAGUCUGCAAGAAAUUUUAGAUCAUUUAUCAUCACACUCAUAGCUUUAGAUCUCAGUCAAGAUCCUGAAACCCAAAACAAGGGCCUCGAGUUUCUUUUAGAGAAGCUUCCAAUGGCGAAAGGGGGAACCUGGAUAAACUCUGAUAGAAGGGGGUUUCAUGGGGCAAGCACUGUGCAAAAGGAAGAAAAAGAAAGAAGAAAUACAAAGAAGAAAAAGAAAGAAGAAAGAAAAAUAAGCAAACUUAAAAGGCUAGUAGAGAAAGAGGAGGAAAUCUUUAAGACAUGGCUUUCAGUCAGUAGUAAAACAGAGAUUGAUACAGAAAUGAUUAAACGUCUUCUCAAAUUGUUAUAUGGUAAACUCAGACUCAAUAAAGAUCCCUCAAUUCUAGAAACUUUUAUUAUAAAUUUGAGAGAUUUUAAAAAAGAAAUAAAUUCUUUAAUUUCUCCUGAAUUACUGAGAGGAUAUUCCUACCGCAACUAA